AUGGUCAUUCCUCUUGUUUUAAGGAGUUGAGUCUCCUGCUGCUGUAUUAAUGUAUACAAUAAAUGUCAAUGUAUAAUUAGUGUUUAGUUUUGAGACCCAUACAUUUUAUUAAAAUGGAUUUAAAAGUGUCUGGCACAAUUUAUUUCUGUCUAUUUUACUGAAAGCCAUCUAACACAAAUCUCUUUUUCACCUCUGCAGAUGAUUUAUUCAGUUCCCAGAUAUGUCUAUAUUAUAUAAUCUAUCAAAACUGCUUCCUCUCCUCUUCGUGAACAUUGUGCUUUGUGUGGCAGCUUGUAAUAAAGCAGAAUAUGAAAUUAAUGGGGAGUGUUGCCCAAAGUGUGAUCCAGGAAAGCGAGUUUAUAGACACUGUGAUGAGUUCACAAGCACAACAUGUGAUUCAUGUCCCAUCAGGACUUACUCUGAUGCUCCUAAUGGAUUUACAGAGUGUCUGCCCUGUUCUGUGUGUGAUACGAGAGAUGGACUGAGAGUAAAGCAGGCAUGUACAGUAAAAUCAGACACAGUGUGUGGACCUCUUCCUGGUUAUUACUGUAUAGACUCGCUCUAUAACUGUAAAAGAGCCAAGAAACAUUCAUCCUGCUCACCUGGACAAUACAUCAAGCAAACCGGAACAGAGUUCAGAGAUACAGUGUGUGAUGACUGUCCUGCUGGUUCAUAUUCAGAUGGUACAGUCUGCAGAUUGCACACAGACUGUGAAUCUCUGGGUAAAACAACAAUCAGUGAAGGAACAGAUACGACUGAUGCUGAGUGCAGAGAUAGACCAACUUCAUUACUGAAACUGAUUCUGUGUGUGUGGAGUGUGUUUGCUGAUAGGGAGACACCUCACUGUAUUACAGGGUCAAAGGUCAAUCCAGACACUUUAUCUGACUGCAGGAAGAGGAACAUUGAGUCUGUUUGA